GUCACACUACACUACCCAGUGGAAAGGAGUAGUAACCAAGAAACAGAAACGAAGCGCACACAUUAAUAUUAAAUACUAUCAAACCCCUAAUCACAAUCAACACAUUUCUCUACUUUUUCACUUCAAAAUUAGGGUUUUGCUAUUCUCUUUCUAAUUGCUUCACCAUGAAGAAGACAAUUCCGUCCAACCAAAACCCCAAUUUCAACCGUCUACCACCGUGUCCUGAUUACCGUUACCGGAAACCUGGAUUUUUCACCAACCACCGUGUUGACCGUCCUCCAGAGCGGAAUCCCCCUCACCGUGAGCCCAAUUUCAUUCUUAAGCUCCUCCACCUUGGCCGUGGCGCUCUCCACCGCGACGAUGUUGAGUGUUUGAUAGGGAAAUGUAAGCCGAGUCCGGAUAAUUAUUGUUUUUACCCCUGUGAUGGUGUUGCUGCGUCGCUGAAUUUUAUUCAGUGGACGGAUGCGCGUGAAGCUGUUGUUUGGUUCUGGGAAUCGAGGCUGGUUGGAGGGCAUGAUUUUACGCCGGAGUUGAUUUCGAAUGUUAUGGUGCCUUCUGAUAGGGUUGAGCUUGAAGGUAGGCUGAGGAGCCUUUUUGUGAGGCAUGUGAAUGAGUUGAUGGCGGGGAAGGAAGUGAAGAAGUGGGUGGAGGAGUGGGAUGGUUUGUCGAAGGAGAUUGGUCGUGUUAAGGGGUUGUUGGGGAAGCCUUUUCCUGUUAGAGUGCAGCAGCAGCAUGUUGAGAAAAAGAAAGGGCUUGAGGAGGAGAAGAGUUUGGUUGAGAGGAGGUUGAAGGAGUUUGAGUUUGCGAUGGAGUGUAUUUUGCAGCACUUGGAAGAGAGUAGCGACAUGGAGAGUGGUGAAGAUUUUAUUCCUGUGUUUAGGUUUGAUGGGAGUUUUGAUUGGAAGAAGAUUCACAGCUUCAUUGUUCGGGAACGUCGAAGGCUUGAAGAAGGAUUGCCCAUUUAUGCUUAUAGGCAGGAAAUUCUUCAGCAAAUACAUCAUCAACAGAUAACUGUGUUGAUCGGAGAGACUGGUUCUGGGAAGAGUACUCAAAUAGUGCAGUUUCUAGCAGAUUCUGGCAUUGGGGCUGAUGAGUCAAUUGUGUGCACCCAGCCUCGCAAGAUUGCAGCCAAGUCAUUGGCUCAAAGGGUGCAGGAGGAAAGUAGGGGAUGUUAUGAAGAAAAUUCAAUACAGUGUGUUUCUACAUUUUCAUCCAGCGAGAAGUUUGAUUCCAGGAUAUCAUUCAUGACGGAUCAUUGUUUAUUGCAGCAGUACAUGACUGAUCGAAAUUUGUCUGGGGUAUCGUGCAUUAUAGUUGACGAGGCUCAUGAAAGGAGCUUAAAUACGGAUCUACUUCUGGCACUGAUAAAAAAUUUACUUUGUAAGAGGGUUGACUUGCGCCUUAUCAUUAUGUCUGCCACGGCUGAUGCAAAACAGCUAUCGGAUUAUUUCUACAACUGUGGAGUUUUUCAUGUACACGGGAGAAACUUCCCGGUUGAGAUGAGAUAUGUUGCUUCUGAUUAUGUAGACAAUUCUGGCUCCGCCACUGUGGCAUCCUAUGUUUUUGAUGUUGUCAAAAUGGCAACAGAGAUUCACAAGACAGAGAAGCAAGGAACUAUUCUUGCUUUUCUGACUUCACAAGUAGAAGUAGAAUGGGCCUGCGAAAAGUUUAAAGUCCUAUCUGCUGUUGCUCUGCCUUUGCAUGGAAAACUUUCAUCCGAAGAGCAAUUUCAUGUUUUCCAGAACUAUCCUGGAAAAAGAAAAGUGAUUUUUUCAACGAAUCUUGCAGAGACAUCGAUUACAAUUCCUGGUGUUAAGUAUGUGAUAGAUUCCGGGUUGGUUAAAGAUUGCCGAUUUGAUCCUUGCACUGGAAUGAAUGUACUUAAGGUUUGCUUGAUCAGCCAGAGCUCAGCUAAUCAAAGGGCUGGUCGUGCUGGGAGGACUGAGCCUGGCAGGUGCUAUAGGAUGUACUCAGAAGCUGAUUAUCAUUCUAUGAAACUAAAUCAAGAACCUGAGAUUCGGAGAGUUCAUCUUGGUGUAGCAGUUUUGAAGAUCCUUGCUUUAGGGGUGAAGAAUGUGCAGGAUUUCGAUUUUGUGGAUGCUCCAAGCCCUAGUUCUAUUGAGAUGGCGGUCAGGAAUCUAAUUCAAUUAGGAUUCAUUAAACUGAACAAUAAUGUUCAUGAGCUAACUUAUGAAGGUAAGUACUUGGCAAGAAUGGGGAUUGAACCUAGGCAUGGUAAGCUUAUUCUUGGCUGUUUCCAACUUGCUCUGGGCAGAGAAGGUGUUGUCCUUGCUGCCAUGAUGCCCAAUGCAAGUACUAUUUUCUGCAGAUUUGGUAAUGAAGAUGAUAAGCAAAGAUCUGAUUGUCUCAAAGUGCAAUUUUGCCAUUCUGACGGUGACCUUUUUACUCUUCUCUCUGUGUACAAAGAAUGGGAGGCUCUGCCUCGAGAGAGGAGGAAUAAAUGGUGUUGGGAAAACAGCAUCAAUGCUAAAUGUAUGAGGAGAUGCCAAGACACAGUUUUGGAGUAUGAAUCUUUCCUAGAGCGUGAACAUGGCUUUGUUGUUCCAAGUUACUGGCGUUGGGAUCCUCAUACACCUUCUGUUCAUCAUAAGAAUAUAAAAAAGGUUAUACUGGCCUCACUUUCUGAUAAUGUAGCUAUGUUUUCUGGACGCAAUCAACUUGGUUAUGAAGUAGCGCAAACUGGACAACAUGUUCAACUGCAUCCAUCUUCUUCCUUGCUCGUAUUUGCUCAGAAGCCUAGUUGGGUGGUUUUCGGUGACCUUCUUUCAGUGUCUAAUGAAUAUCUGGUCUGUGUUAGUGCUGUUGACUUUGAAUCAUUAUACAGCCUUCAACCUCCUCCCUCGUUUGAUGUAUCCAAGAUGGAAGAUCGGAAGUUGCAAACUAAAACAUUGACUGGUUUUGGCACUACUCUUCUAAAAAGAUUUUGUGGGAAAUUCAACAGUAAUUUGCUUGGUGUUGUUUCACGCAUUAGGAAAGCUUGUUUGGAUGAAAGAAUCUUUGUUGAAGUGAAUGUUGACGAGAAUAUUAUCCAGUUAUACGCUGCUUCACACGAUAUGAAUACAGCUACUAUGUUGGUGAGUGAUGUUUUAGAAUACGAGAAAAAGAGAUUACGCACCGAAUGUAUGGAAAAAUGUUUGUAUCACGGGUCUGGUUCCUCAUCACCUAUGGCUUUGUUUGGGUCUGGUGCUGAGAUAAAACAUCUGGAACUCGAGAAACGUUCCUUGAGUGUUGAUGUGUAUCACUCAAACAUAAAUGCAAUUGAUGACAAGGAGCUCCUGAUGUUUUUUGAGAAGAAUACCUCAGGUUCUAUAUGUGCUGUGUACAAGUUCCCAGGAAUGGGGAAGGAUCAUUCAGAUAGAGAAAAAUGGGGCAAGAUAACAUUUUUGUCCCCUGAUGCUACCAAAAAAGCUCUUGAGCUGGAUGGAGAAGAGUUUUGUGGCUCAAACUUGAAAAUACUUCCUUCACAAUCAGCUAUGGGAGGGGAUAAAACAUUUUCAGUUCCUGAAGUUAAAGCAAAAAUUUUUUGGCCUCGUAGACUCAGCAGAGGAUUUGGCAUAGUUAUAUGUGAUAAAAAUGAUGUCAGUUUCAUGUUGAGAGAUUUUUAUAACCUUGCAAUUGGAGGGAGGUAUGUUCGUUGUGCACCUAGUAAUAAGUCUAGGGACGGUAUUAUGAUAACUGGGCUUGACAGAGAGCUUCCAGAAACUGAAAUUUUGGAUGCACUAAGAACUGCUACAACUAGAAGGAUUCUGGACUUUUUCGUGGUGAGGGGAGAGGCUGUUGGAAAUCCACCAUGCAGUGCCUGCGAAGAGGCACUCUUUAAACUAAUUUCCCCCUUAAUGCCCAAAGUAGACCCUCAUAUUAGUUCUUUCCGUGUUCAGGUGUUUCCACCUGAGCCAAAGGAUUCUUUCAUGAGAGCUUUAAUUAAUUUUGAUGGAAGAUUACAUUUAGAAGCAGCUAAAGCUUUGGAAAAAAUUGAAGGAAAGGUAUUGCCUGGAUGUCUGUCAUGGCAAAAGAUAAAGUGUGAGCAGUUGUUUCAUAGCUCCUUGAUAUUUCCUGCACCAGUGUAUCAUGUGAUUGCGGAACAACUGGAAAAAAUUCUUGCAAGUUUCAACAAUUUAAAUGGUCUUGAGUGGAACUUAAACAGAACUGCUAAUGGUUCCCACCGGCUGAAGAUAACAGCCAAUGCCACCAUGACAGUGGCAGAAGUUAGGAGACCUCUGGAAGAACUGUCGAGAGGGAAAAUCAUUGACCAUGGCAGCCUUACCCCCGCAGCUCUACAGCUCAUGUUGUCCAGAGAUGGCAUUAGUCUUAAAUGCUCCAUACAACAAGAGACAAAAACAUACAUUGUUUUUGACAGGCACAACUUGAAUUUAAGAAUUUUUGGCUCGCCAGAAACAAUUGCUUUGGCUCAGCAGAAGUUAAUUCAAUCUCUACUCUCCCUCCAUGAAGAAAAGCAGUUAGUAAUCCCUCUCAGAGGGAGGGACCUACCUCCUGACUUAAUGAAACAAGUGGUUAAGAAUUUUGGGCCAGAUCUUCAUGGACUAAAAGAGAAGGUACCUGGGGCUGAUCUCAAACUUAACACACGCCAACAGGCAAUUUUUCUUCAUGGUAACAAGGAGUUGAAACCAAGAGUAGAGGAAAUAACUUUGGAGAUUGCGCGCUCAAGCCUUCAUUCAGUUGAGAGACUCGACGCAGGACCUAGUUGCCCAAUUUGCUUGUGUGAGGUUGAGGAUGGAUAUCAACUUGAAGGCUGUCGUCAUUUGUUCUGCCGGUUGUGUCUGGUUGAGCAGUGUGAAUCUGCUAUAAAAAACCAAGGCAGUUUCCCAAUAUGUUGUGCUCACACGGGCUGUGGAGAUCCUAUUCUGCUUACGGAUUUCAGAACUCUCCUGUCAAAUGACAAGUUGGAUGACCUUUUCAGGGCUUCUUUGGGAGCUUUUGUAACAUCGAGUUCAGGAACUUAUAGGUUUUGUCCGUCUCCCGACUGCCCCUCAAUUUAUCGAGUUGCAGAUCCUGGCGAACGUAGUGAGCCAUUUAGUUGUGGGGCAUGUUAUGUGGAGACUUGUACUAAAUGCCACAUAGAGUAUCAUCCAUUCUACUCAUGCGAGGCAUACCGAGAGUUGAAAGAUGACCCGAACUUAUCUCUGAAGGAGUGGUGUAAAGGGAAGGAAGAAGUCAAAAGCUGCUUUGCUUGUGGGCAAAUAAUUGAAAAGAUAGAUGGGUGCAAUCACAUUGAAUGCAAGUGCGGAAAACAUGUCUGCUGGGUUUGCUUGGAAAUCUUUUCAGAAAGUGAUGAAUGUUAUGAUCAUUUGAGAACUAUACACAAGGCCAUCAUAUAAAUUGCUAUUUGUGUGGUGAUUGUAAGUUUAGUAUAGUGGUAAAUAAUAUUAUGUGCAUAGGGGUUGGAAAAUGCAAAGAUGUGAACUAAUGUAUAUAUAAUAGCAGUUCUGUACUCUACUCUGUACCAUCUUGUACACGAGACUUAUUUAAUAUAAGUUGCAUCAUCUGGGUCUUUUCGACUUUU